AUGGUAGCGACGACCGCACUUGGAAUGGGGAUGAACGUACCAGAUGUCACCCGUGUCUGCCAACAAAAGCUUCCUAUUGGAGAUACUUUCCAGGAUACAGCACCUGAGGUAUGGCAACGUCUUGGACGUGGAGGGCGUGGAUUUGGACGUUCUAGCGUUGGAUAUAUCUUCCUACCCUAUUGGUACUUUGACCACUUAGGUAUGGACAAGUCUGGUCAGAAGCUCCCUGAACCUAAGACCAAAAAGAAGGUAGUGGCUAAGAAACAGUACAAACACAUGCUUCCGUCUCAGCGUACAUACACGCGCAGCCAACUUCAGCAGUUAUUUACGCCAGGUGAUAUCAGCGACACUUUCAGUGUCGCUAGCCAUGUCUCGAAUGCUUCAAACGCAUCGUCUGUCGACCAACAAGCACCUACCAGGCCACGAAAAGGCGAAGUUCCAUUCUGGACUAUAGAGGAGGCUGUCAAACGACGCGGGAGAUGUUCAUUCUGGGAUGCUGUUUGUAACAAGGGUUGUCGCCGCAUACCGUUCCUUGAGCUACUGGGCGAGUUCAAGCUGCCAGGGGCUCGUGAGGGCCUAGCAAAGACUGGCUGCUGUGAUAUAUGCGAUCCCUUAUUCUGUACACCGCUCAGUGUAGCUCCGGAGGCACCGAAAGCAGUCACAUUUCGCAAGGGCAGCAGAAGCCAUAUUGCUUUAGAGCAUAUCGACGAAUGGGCUCGUUCUGGUGCCAAAAAAAAUACAUGGGCUAAAUACCCGUUUCCCAAUGCCCGCCUCUGCCCUAAGAAAGAUUCCGAAACCACUGGUAUAUGGCAGUCGAUGACACUAGCUAAGCUGUCAACAGAAGCGCCGUUGAUAUCAAAGUGGAAAACAUCUGGCAUUGAGAAGGUUGCUCUUCUCACCUUUCUUCAAGGCCUACGUACUCUGGUGGAUACUGAAUAUACAAGCUCCUGUCAAGCAGCACAGGAAAAGAGAGCAGCUACUCUUGCAUCUCAGGCAUCAACACAGACGCCAUCAAUCAGUACUAUCAACAGUUCCGUAGUUUCAACUACUACCCCAGAGGAUAAGGAUAGUUAUGCAGCGUCAGCUGUUGCUAGACUAGACUAUAUGAAGAGCCUUUCUCUACACGAUCCCCCUGUCUCGUCUUCCGGAUCAAAUAACAUAGCUGAAAGGGCAGCUGUCUUAGUUCCUUCACCAUCAGUGUCUGUUAGCACUAUCUUAGACACAAAUCCUCAGACACCUGUGCCAGUACUAUUACAGUCUACGCCAGAACGCCAUACACAUGCUGUUCGCACACAGUCUCCUAUCCAGUUACGUCCAACACAGCUCCCAGAUUCCCGAUUGCAGGUUCAAACCCCCCAAAUGCUGGUCCGGAGUCCUCAAACGAUAGUCCCAGAUCCCCGAAUGCAGAUUCAAAACUCCCCAAUUCCGGCCGGGAGUCCUCAAACGAUAGUCCCAGAUCCCCGAAUGCAGGUUCAAAACUCCCUAAUUCCGGCCGGGAGUCCCCAAAUGCAGGUUCAAAGCCCCCGAAUGUUAGUCCCAGAUCCUCGAAUGCUAGCCCGGAAUCUCCAGCUGCAAGUUCAAAACCCUCAAAUGCUGGCCCAGAGUCCAGUACUGGCGUCUAAUGGCCAUCGUACUUCAUAUGACCAGUCCCAUAUACGACUAUCACGUCCUCUUAGGGGUUAG